AAAAAAAAAUCUCAACCAUAAUUUCGGUGGCACAGCACAAAUUCUGUCACAUUAUUUUAUCUUCGUAAAGUUCUCAUUGGUUUCUUAUGCGGCCAAGAUUGGUAAACGAAAAGUCAAAAAGACUAGCUUCUCAUGUUGAUGUCAGAUUAACGGCAUUAGCCACCACCAACAUUACAUAGUUCAGUCCCCAGCUUUCCAAAUCUCAACCAUGGCAGCUGCCGAAACAGUGAAAUACGGAAUUAUAGGAGUGGGUAUGAUGGGACGAGAACAUCUUAUUAAUCUUCACCAUCUUCGUACCGAAAGUGUGGCCGUCGUAGCCAUAGCUGACCCUCAUCUUCCUUCCCAACAGCUUGCCCUUCAGUUGGCACACUCUUUCAAUUGGCCCAUUAAGGUUUUUUCAGGACACCAGGAGCUAUUAGACAGCGAGCUCUGUGAUGUCGUGGUUGUAUCAAGUCCAAAUAUGACCCAUUAUCAAAUCCUAAUGGAUAUCAUUAACCACCCAAAACCCCAUCACGUACUGGUAGAGAAGCCCCUCUGCACCACGGUUGCUCACUGCGAAGAGGUUGUAGAUGCUGCUAGGAAGAGGCAGGAUAUGCUUGUACAAGUUGGAUUGGAGUAUAGAUACAUGCCACCUGUUGCUAAAUUGAUCGAAAUAGUCAAAGGUGGAAGUCUUGGACAUGUUAAAAUGGUGGCUAUCCGGGAACAUAGAUUUCCUUUCUUGGUCAAGGUCAACAAUUGGAAUCGGUUCAAUGUUAACACAGGAGGUACUCUGGUCGAGAAGUGCUGCCAUUUUUUUGAUCUGAUGAGGCUCUUUGCUGGUGCAAAUCCUGUUCGUGUGAUGGCAUCAGGUGCUAUUGAUGUUAAUCAUAAAGAUGAAAUAUAUGAUGGAAAGGUACCAGAUAUAAUUGACAAUGCAUAUGUCAUUAUUGAAUUUGACAAUGGUUCUCGUGGGAUGCUGGAUCUAUGUAUGUUUGCUGAAGGGAGUAAAAAUGAGCAAGAAAUAUCUGUUGUUGGUGAUGUUGGGAAGGGGGAGGCCUUUGUUCCUGAAAGUGUGGUCCGUGUUGGCACUAGAGUAGCAGGCAGAGAUGGCGUCAAGACUUUAAAAGUCGAGGAUGAUCGAAUAAAAUAUGAGGGGCUCCAUCAUGGAUCCAGCUAUUUGGAACACCUUAAUUUCUUGAAAGCAAUUAGAGCUAAAGGUGAACAAGCUCCUGCUGUGGAUUUACAAGAUGGACUGGUUUCAGUCGCAAUUGGGGUUGCUGCACAACUUUCCAUAGAAAAAGGUCGAUUUGUUGCUAUUGAAGAAGUAAUGUGUGGCCACGGUUGCUAAGAUGAUGCAUAAAAGGCUUUGAUCUUUUGAUCUUCUUUCCCAAGCGCCGUGGAAUGUUGUGUAUGAGUGGUUUUUCUUGCUUUCCAUUUCUCAUUCCUUAUGGUUGAAAAUAUGUAACUUUGGAACUUUAUUGCAUUAAUUUUAUUCGAAAAUGGGUGGUGAGACAGUCUUUUGUAA